UCUAAUCCUACACUCGCAACAUUUUCAAAAUCCAAGACUAAGACCACCACUCGUUCUCUACUCUCUGCCAAUUUUUCUCUCAGAAAACAACCACAAAAUUCCAUCACGACAAAGUUUUUCCCACCCCUCAACAAAAACCAUGGCAGAUUACAGAUCAAAGUUCUAUAGUGAUGGAAAUAUGCAAAUAGAGCCUUAUUAUGGACCCCCCUCCAGUGCUAGGACUGAUGAUUUGAGGUCGUACAGUGCUUCUUAUGCUUCUGCUUCUUCAUCAUCAUCAUACCACUAUGCGCCGCCACCGGUGGCGCCGCCGCAGAAGCUCAAGAAAGGGAAGAGCACUGGCGGGUCAACUUCAAAAUCUUGGAGUUUUACUGAUCCUGAGUUUCAGAGGAAGAAGAGGGUUGCCAGCUACAAAGUCUACUCCGUUGAAGGCAAAGUCAAGGGUACUUUCAGAAAGAGUUUUAGGUGGCUUAAGGAUAGAUACACUCAGGUGGUUUAUGGAUGGUGGUGAUUCUGAAAUACUCAUUAUGAUAGGGUAAAGAUAUGAUUUUGCUUCUCAUGAUACACUGUUGCUUGUUCUUGCUUUUGAUGCAGAGUUCUGUGUUGUCUGAGGCAUCACAAUGUUCUGUCAUGGGCUGUCAGAAUGAAAGAUUUGCUAUUUUGUUGUUUUGAGGGAAUUAUUUCUGCGAAAUGUAUUAUAAUAUAUUUGCCCUUUUGCUUUCUUGUCUUGGGGUCUUUGUACUCAUUGAACAUGUUAUCAAGAAGUUUUUCAGUUGAUCUGAAUUGCAUCAAUUCUAAGAUUUAUGUA